CUUCGAAGCGACACGAUGAAGCACGGCACUUUGGUGCUGCCGUCGGAGCGUGCGCGUCACUUCAUCGACCUGCUGGGGCGCAAGGCCAACGUGCAGUUUGUCGACAUGAACGAGCGGACGAUGCGGCGUCAGUACAAGCGGUACAUCCAGCGGCUGGAGGAGAUGGAGCGCAUCCUGCGCUUCCUGCAUGAGGAGAUCGCCAGGCACGAGUUCAACGUCACCAAGGGGUCCGUCGAGGCCUUCCUCGAGAGCGACACCGAGACCUACCAGCUCGACCAGGUCGAGGACAGCCUCAAGCGGCUGUACGAGCAGUUCUCCCGGUUCAAGGAGAACAACAGCGACCUGCUGACGGAGAAGAACAACGCCAUAGAGGAGAAAUACGUGGCCAUGGCCGCACUCGCAUCGCUCCACGAGGGGGGCGUCAUGGGCGGCGUCGGCACCAUGCCCACACGCCGACAGACCGAGCACGCCACGCAGUCGCUGCUGCAGGCGCACAUCGAGGCCCCCCACCUGGUCGACGACACCAUGGCCUUCAGCAACAUCGCUGGCGUCAUCAACCAGGCCGACCAGGAGCGCUUUGCGAGGACGCUGUUCCGCGUCACCCGUGGCAACACCUUCACCCACUUCCAGAUGAUUAAUGACAAGAUCUACGACGCCAAGACCGGCAAGGAGGUCGCCAAGUCCGUCUUUGUCGUCUACUACCAGGUAUGUAAGCAGCAGCGAGGGAGGGAGCGGGCAACAACCACACCUGCAGGCACCCGAAUCGUUCACCUCUCUGCCUGUCUGUCUGGCUGUGUGUGUGUCCAUCCAUCAGGGUGCGGAGAGCAGCGCCAUGUACGAGAAGCUGACCAAGGUGUGCAACGCCUUCGGCGUGUCCAUGUACCCCUGGCCAGCAUCGUACAACGACGCCGUCUCGCGCAUCGAGGACCUGACCACGACCAUCGAGGACAAGGCCAAGGCGUUGGACGCGUUUGAGCAGUACAUCCUCGGUGAGAUCCGCGACCUACUGGAGGUGCCGGGGGGCCCGCCGCCCGAGGGGGCCGACCUGGAGGAGCUCAGGAGCUCGCGCAUCGAGGAGUGGCGCCUCUUCUGCCAGAAGGAGAAAUCCAUCUACGCCACGCUCAAUAUGUUUGAGGUCAGCAACACACACACACACACACACACAGAGAGAGAGAGAGAGAGAGAAAGAGACGGACAAAUGGAUGGACACAGCACAUGUGUGUGUGUAUGUGUGGUGUGUGUGUUGGUCAGGGUGACAUAACGCUGCGAGCCAACUGCUGGUACCCCUCUGCAGAGGAGGACAUGAUCCGGCACCUGCUGCUGUCCCAGUCCAACAAGCAGCAGGUGUCGGCCUUCCUGCUGUCGGACAAGGAGCGCACCACCAAGACGCCCCCCACCUACAUCCGCCGCACCGAGUUCAGCUACGCCUUCCAGGAGCUGGUCGACACGUACGGCAUCCCCCGCUACCAGGAGGCCAACCCCGGGCUCUUCACCAUCAUCACUUUCCCAUUCCUCUUCGGCGUCAUGUACGGCGACAUCGGACACGGCGCCUGCGUCCUGCUCUUCGGCAUGUACCUGCUCAUCUUCGCCGACUCCCUCAAGCGGGGCGACGGGCCGCUCAAGGGCAUGGUGGCCGCCAGAUACAUGAUCGCCCUCAUGGGCUUCUUCGCCACAUACGCCGGGUUCAUCUACAACGACUUCUUGAGCAUCGGCUUCGUCCUCGCACCCAGCCACUUCAAAGAGCCACCGGGGGUACACCAUGGCGGCGGCGAGCACGGUGGCGGCGAGGAGGGCGGCGGGGCGUCCCAGACGCAGUUUGUCGAGUGGCAGAUCGACCCGAGCAGCAAGCCGACGCCGUUCGGUCUGGAUUGGGCGUGGAAGGGGGCGCAGAACGAGUUGCUGUUCCUCAACUCGUACAAGAUGAAGUUUGCGGUGCUGGUGGGGGUGGCGCAGAUGGGCCUGGGGGUGGUCCUCAAGGCAUUCAACACCAUACACUUCGCCAAACCGCUGGACUUCUUCUUCGAGUGAGAAAGAGAAGCAAGAGCCACACACACAUGGAGCGGCAUACACAUGCAGAUUGACAUCGGUGACUUUCCUGUGUUGUGUUGUUAGGUUCGUGCCGCAGAUCAUCUUCCUGGUGGCGUUGUUCGGGUACAUGGACUUCAUGAUCGUGUUCAAGUGGAUGACCCCCGGCCCCCUCCAGGCGGACCUCGACCCCUCCGUCAAGGCCGUCAACAAGCCGGGCCUCAUCAACACCAUGAUCAACAUGUGCCUCGCACCCAUGAAGGGCUCCGCCAUCGACCCCAGCGAGCAGCUCUUCGGCGGCCAGGAGACCAUCCAGAACAUCCUCCUCAUCCUCUGUGCCAUCUCCAUCCCGGUGAUGCUGUUCCCCAAGCCGAUCGGGCUGCUGAUCUGGCACAAGAUGCACCCGCCCCGCACAGUGCACCAUGACGACGGCGACGACGAGGAGCGGGGGGAGGGCGAGCACCACGACGAUGACGAGGAGGACGAGCAUGAGCACUUCAACUUCAGCGAGGAGUUCAUCCACCAGGUCAUCGAGACCAUCGAGUACGUCCUGGGGACCAUCUCCAACACCGCCAGCUACCUCCGCCUGUGGGCCCUCUCCCUGGCGCACCAGCAGCUGGCCCUGGUCUUCUUCGAGAAGGCCAUCCUGGGCUUCAUCGAGAGCGACGCCAACGUGGUGCUGCGAGCCGUGGAGCUCUUCUUCGGCUUCGCGGUGUUUGCGGCCAUCACUUUCGGGGUGCUGCUGUGUAUGGACGUGCUCGAGUGUUUCCUGCACGCCCUGCGGCUGCAGUGGGUGGAGUUCCAGAACAAAUUCUACAAGGGAGACGGAUACAAGUUCGCCCCCUUCAACCACAAGGCCAUCCUCAGCACCGGAGAGGGAGACCUCUGACACACAACACUGACACCCUACACACACAGUGACAAUGGCGGUACAGUACAGACACACACGGAGGAGACAGACGAAUGCAAACGCCCCAAUGCACUGCACCCAUAUCUCUCCAUUGUGGGCAUGGUGUCAGUCAGUGACCUACCACACCUGCAUCAAUCCAAUCGGCGAUGGAAACCUCUUCCUUUGCGGAUGUUUCUUUUUUCGCCGCCGCCCGCCAGAUGAUGAUGCUGCCCGACCGCUUCUUUGGGUGCGUGGCCUGGCCGCUGAGUGCUGUUGUCGGAUUGCCUGCCCG